AUGUCGUUACACUCUAUACUUCAUCACGAACUGACCCCCGGUGCUGGUUCUUCUGCAGCACUAUCGGCAGCGAGUCCUAGAAAUGGAGUCUCAAGGACAUCACGAGAAGGGCUUAAUCGUCAAACAGAAAAUGGAGAACCUCUGGUACCGCAACACACCGUCCCCUCUCCCGAGGACAUGCAGCGUGUAUUCGAUGUAGCCCCGUUGAAUGUUACUAAAAAGAGCCGCCGCCUGGCCACAACUACGCUUAUUGUCGCCUGUAACCUUAUGCAAAUGAUUUGCAACAUGAUAGGUAUAGCUGGCGGACUGGUGAUUAGUGAAAGGCUUGGUGUGUCGGGCGUGCACGCCAAUUGGGUUGGUGCUUCUUAUGCUCUUACGCAAGGAACUUUCGUCCUCGUCAGCGGUCGUUUUGGGGCCGUAUAUGGGCAUAAGAACAUGCUCCUACUAGGGAGCUUACUCCUCAUCAUAUUUACUUUCGUGUGCGGAUUCUGUGAUAACUUCAUAUCAUUUAAUGUUAUGCGAGCGAUAUCCGGGAUUGGAGGAGCCUUUAUCAUGCCGAAUGCCGUUGCUAUGAUCGGCAUCACCAAUCCGCCCGGCUUCACGAGGAACUUGAGUCUGGCCUUCUUCGGCGCAUCUGCACCUAUAGGGGGUUACAUCGGCGGCCUCAUCGCAGGGGGAUUCAUCGAACAUGCAUAUUUAAUGUGGAUGUUUAUAUUCAUUUCAGCUAUGAGCUUGGUAGCCACGGUGGCCUUAUGGGCUCUUCUUCCCCGAGAAGUUCCCGUCGACCGUGGUGGGAAGAUAGACUGGAUCGGAUCCUUUCUCUCCUUAACUGCCUUGAUUCUCUUUAACAUCGUAUGGAAUCAAGCACCAGCCGUGGGAUGGUCAAACUCCGUAGUCAUAGCCACGCUUGUCGUGUCUGUUGCUCUCUUUAUUGGAUACUAUAUCUGGGAACAUUACUUUGCAUCUGAUCCCAUUAUGCCAUUGAGCAUCUUUAAGGCGCCAUCUUUUACGCCGUUAAUCUUUGUGGUCCUUCUCAACUUCAUGGCAUGUGGUUGUUUGCUCUGGUAUACAGUCCUAUGGCUACAAGAGAUCCGUCAUUGGACACCAAUGCAGUUUGCCGUAGGCUGGACACCUUUUGGAAUUGGAGGUGCCGCUGCUACUUUCUUAGCAGCCUACCUCAUCCCGCGAGUGUCGGCGCAAUGGAUCUUAGCAAUGGGUGCUUUCUGCAUGCUGAUAGCAAACCUCCUGAUUGCUACCAUGCCAGAACAGCAAUCCUAUUGGUAUCAAGUUUUUCCGAGCACCAUUUUGAGCUCAUUAUCACCCGACUUGACUUAUACAGCAGCGCAAAUUAUUACCAGUAACUCGGUUAAUCGGAAGCAGCAGGGUGUUGCGGGUUCACUUACAGGAUCCUUACUCCUAUACGGGACUGGACUUGGGCUCGGAUUUGCGGCGACCGUAGAGUCGGAAGUUACCAAGAGACACGGCAUGGUAGCAGGCUUCCGAGCGGCUCUAUACUUUGGAGUAGGCCUUUGUGUCGUAGCAUUGAUACUUGACAUUUGCUUUGUAAGACUCGUACAUGAUAACCGUGAGGGUUGGGAAGAUCCUGCAGAUGCAGACCCAGCCGAUGAUGUUGCAGCGCCAGUGGCAACAGGAGCAGAGUUACGAGAACUUCGACCGCAGUUGGAGCAGCGUUGA